AUGAAAGAUUUAUACCUUACUGAUAGUGUUAGGAAAUUAGAUGUUUUAGCUAAGAAGGAUGACGUUAUAAGCAAGCUUAAAAAAUCCCACAAGUUUACGCAUUUUGCCAAUUUAAUAAUGACCCAAUUACUGGAAUGUAUGGACGACCAAGAAAAAUGUUACAUUUUGUGCAAGAGAUAUAUCAAUCUAAUGGACUACCUGUUUGAGAUAUCCGAUGAUAAAAUUUACACACAAUCGCUACAUUUGAGCGAUUACCGCAAAGUUAAGCUGUUAGUAGACGAAUUGAAAGAAAGUCUGGAGAAAAGAUAUCAAGCAUUGUUUAGAGAACCGGUACCGCAGUCACCAACAAAUGCGGUGCCACCGGCCACCAAAAUGGAAAUCGGAGAUGCCCAAAUUUUUAAAGAUAAAUUCAUAAUUCCUCGCGAUUUGUUUCAUAUCCUUCAAAAAGAGCAAAAUUUCUUAUUAGUAGACAUAAGGUCCCAGGCUGAUUUCAAUAAUUGUAGGAUUAGUUCUAAACAUGGAACGAUUAUUAAUAUACCAGGAGAUCUUAUUGUACCUGGAUUAUCGGCUAACACGCUAGGCCAACGGUUGGACAAUUCACUGAAGAGUAUUUGGGAGAAAAGAGACCAGUUCGAUAUUAUUAUUCUUAUGGAUAGUGAUACUCAGAAAUACAAUUUCGUUGGUUCGAAAAUCGAAAGAUUGCGGAGUUUCAUUGUAGAGUGGGAUACACUUCGUAGUUAUAAACAAGAACCUGUUGUAUUAAAUGGUGGUCUUAGGGAAUAUGUAGAAUGGUACCCUUCAUCUGUGGACAAUUCUCAAGCGUUCUUGAACCAAACAAACUUGGAGAUCGAUGAACUUUUGGACCUAGACAGCAUUAUUUACCCCGAAAGCGGCUCGACCAAGCAAAUGAACCUAAAAUUACACGAUUUGAACACUGUAAAUAUCGAAACCCGUACCAAAAAUGAUCUUGAAUUGGUCGAAGACACUAAUGGUAAUUAUAAGUUUGAGAGUGAAGGAAAUUUGCCUCAGGAUUCGUUAAUUUCGAAAGUCGAUCCUUCAUCAGAUCAAACCGUUUCAAAAAUACCCGAGCCAGAUGCUUCAUUUCCUCCUUUAUUUGAAGGAGAACAAUUACCGCAACAGAAACCAGAGGUACCUGAUGUCGACAUGAACUUGGAUAUUAAAAAAAUUCUGAAAGGCGACAAGGCUGCGUUAUUAAACGAGGCUCGUAAAACUAAACCAAGAUACGAUAUAGGAGAGCCUCAGGAGAAGGGCGACAAGAGAAGAGAAAGACCUGAAGACACUAAAGGAUCUAGCCCAAGGGAAAAAGAACCAAGAUUAAAAGAACCUAGUUAUCCAGAUAGAUUUGUUUUUUCAAAACCCGCUCCUCCAACAAUAGAUAGAUCUUUUAAACCUGUACCUCUUAUCGGCGAAGGAUUCACAGGAUUAAGAAAUGUAAAAAAUAUAUGCUACAUGAACGGUUUAUUGCAAUGUUUAAAAGUUAUACCGAUUCUAAAAUCCCUAUACGUCACUACAGAGCGUUACAUUAGUUACACAACCAGAACACCUCCCAAAUUAAACUUCCAUUUCGCUCAAGUACUUAGAGAGCUGUGGGGCGGUACCUACCAAAAGCCCAAGGUGUUCCUGAUCCAGGAAUUCAAAGACAGGAUCUGCGAAUUCGCCCCGAUGUACGACAGAAACACCCACGAAGAUUGCUUCGAGUUCUUCAUGUUCCUCUUCAACGCGCUCAGCGAGGACUGCGCCGUGGACUUGCCGCGCUUGAAGAUGAUGACGGAGAGCGAGAAGGCUUGGUACGGCCAUCUUCAAGGCAGAACGUCCUUCCUGGUGGACAACUUUUACUACCAAUUGAAAAACACGAAAUUCUGCUGUAACUGCAAGAAGGUGAACCUUUCGUUCGAAACGGAUAGUACUCUAAUGCUGCCCGUUGCUACAAGAACUAGCCAUUUGAGAGACAUGAUAGCGGAGUACCUGCGGGAAAGUAGGCUCACCGAUUUUUCUUGCUCGAAUUGCAAGUCCACCGGUACUAUCAUUAAUAAAAAAGAUCUCGUCGUGGAGCCUGAAGUGCUGGUUAUUGUUUUAAAAAGGUAUAUUGCAAAUUCUGAUGGUACGUUCCGCAAGAAUGAGGUUGAAGUAGGUUUUCCAUUGUACGACUUGCAAUUUGGCAAGUACAGAUACAAUUUAUACGGAGUCGUGCAACAUUCAGGAGGAAUGCAAUUCGGUCAUUAUUACGCUUCGGCUCUUUUAAACGAUAAAAAAGGUACUUGGGUACUGUUUAACGACGAAUCGAUAUCGAUUCAUCCGAGUCCUGUAAACGAAUUGCCUCAAAUUAAAUCCGGAGCGGCUGGUUUUUUCUACGUUCGCAAUAAAUAG